GGAUGACUAUGAACAUUUUUAACUUGUUGCAAUUAUAAACCGGUACUAGACCAAGGACAGAAAUAGAUUUCUUCUUCUAGGCAUCUUGUAGGAAUAACGUGACAUUGAUUAUCGUAUAAAAAAUUACGGUUAAAAGGACUAAUGUAUUCGUUUCGAUAGGCGAAUAGAUCGUACGGGUAUAUCUAUUCGUGCGCAUGCAUAAUAAGAAUCGUGCAAACAACGAUAGGAGAUACGAUAUGAGAUCGUGUUAGAAAAUUUAUAUGAACCUUAUAUACAGUGUGGAGGACAAAGGAUACAAGAAGAAAUCGAUGAGGUUUUUAGAAAACAAUUGGACGAUGACCGUGCACAAGAAACAGACAGAUUGUUACCCCGCAAUCUAUACAAUCGAAUAUCCUUAUAUGAAUCGCACGCAUGUGUUGUGUGUAAAGAGGGAGGGGGGUGGACAUGACGUAAUUCAUCUUGAUUGGGCAAAUAAGCCAACAAUGUUAUAAAUGUGAAACCGUUUCGUUUCGGACACAGAACAGUUUACUUUUGCUUGUGAAAGCAACGACUCUGGACGGAGUCUCGGCUUACCACCAGACAUUGCAUCGUCUUUGCGAUAUAUCAUGUAACGUAACAAUUGCUCGUUUCUGCGAUUCAGUGUCUCACCAUCGAGUUCGAUCACUCACGGAAGAUAAUUGUAUCUGUUACGCGGUGUGGGCCUUAUUUUGUUCAACAAAACUAAGACGAAAACGCGAUUAAUGCUCCACGAAUAUACGUACAAGAAGAACAGUGAGGUUGUACAUGUAUUUUUGUGAAAGAUUUAGCUAUGGAUCAGUUUUGCGGCAAUAAUUCCAAGUUCUGGGAUAACAAUUUAACAUGGAAUACAGAGGAUCCAGAUAUCACAGAAUGUUUUCAGAAAACCGUGUUGAUAUGGGUGCCAUGCGCGUUCCUAUGGCUAUUUUCUGCGAUAGAAGUUUAUUAUUUUUUAAAUAGCAAAAACAGAAAUAUUCCAUACACAUGGUUGUCUGUAACCAAACUAGUACUUAUAGGAGCCCUGAUUUUACUUAGUAUUGUUGACUUAGGAUACGCUGUACAUAACAGUUCUUACGAAACUGUUAGUAAUGUUGAUUAUUACACACCGUUUAUAAAGAUUGUUACCUUUAUUGUAACAGUUAUUUUAGUAAUAUAUAAUAAGAAAUAUGGGAUACGAUCUUCUGGACUAUUAUUCUUAUUUUGGUUUCUUCUCGUUGUAUGCGGAGUUGUUCAAUAUAGAAGUUUACUGAGGUUAUAUAUAAAUAAGGGCGAAGUUACUUCCAUGUAUUACUUUGUAUCAUACAUGAUAUACUAUCCAAUAGUGGUACUGUUGUUCUUUUUGAAUUUCUUUGUCGACGCUGAGCCUAAAUAUUCUGAAUAUCCCAAGGUCGAAAGAUUGUGUCCAGAGCAGAGCUGCUCUUUUCCAGCAAGAAUCUUUUACACAUGGUUCGAUUCUAUGGCUUGGAAAGGUUUUAAGAAUCCUUUGGAACCAUCACAUCUGUGGUCCAUGAACCCGGAAGACACGGCUAAAGAAAUUGUACCGAAAUUCGAUAAAUAUUGGAAUAAGAGUUUGCAGAAGAACAAUAAAGUAUUUUGGAAUUAUCUUAGCGUUCAGAGUACCAAGGCGUCAUUCAGGAAGGCAUCUGGUCAAGUAGAUUUUAAUAGCGGACAAAAGAAGAAAUUGCAAUCGGUUUUGCCACCUCUUUGCAAAGCUUUUGGUGCUACAUUCUUAUUCGGAUCGUUACUUAAAGCCGUGCAGGAUAUUAUCAUUUUUGCUAGUCCCCAGAUACUGAAAUUACUUAUCGCUUUCAUUGAGGGUCGCGAACCACUGUGGAAAGGUUAUUUCUACGCGGUUCUGCUACUGAUCACAGCUACGCUUCAAACGUUAAUUUUGUCACAAUAUUUUCACCGUAUGAUGUUGGUCGGAUUACGGGCGCGGACUGCGUUAAUCGCAGCGAUUUACCGAAAAGCAUUGAGAAUGUCUAACGCCGCUAGAAAGGAGUCGACAGUCGGCGAGAUAGUGAACCUGAUGUCGGUGGACGCACAAAGAUUUAUGGAUUUAAUGGCGUAUAUAAACACGAUUUGGUCCGCACCGUUGCAAAUAGCUUUAGCACUGUAUUUUCUGUGGGGCAUACUAGGGCCGGCCGUGCUCGCUGGUCUGGCCGUUUUACUUAUUCUGAUUCCGAUAAACUUGUUGAUAACAAAUAGAGUUAAGACGUUACAAACUAAACAAAUGAAGUUCAAGGAUGAGAGAGUUAAACUGAUGAACGAAGUACUUAACGGCAUAAAAGUACUAAAGUUGUACGCGUGGGAACCAUCGUUCGAGGAACAAAUAUUGAGGAUACGUACGAAAGAAAUGAAAGUACUUAAGGAAACGGCGUACCUCAAUGCUGAGACAAGUUUCAUCUGGUCUUUCAGCCCGUUUUUAGUAUCGCUGGUAUCUUUCGCGACGUAUGUACUUAUAGACGAGAACAAUCGCUUAGACAGCACCGUUGCUUUUGUUUCGCUCAGUCUUUUCAAUAUCUUAAGGUUUCCUCUGUCUAUGCUACCUAUGAUGAUCAGUAACAUGGUCCAGACUUGGGUCUCUGUGAAACGUAUUGACAAAUUCAUGAACGUAGAAGAGUUGGAUCCAAAUAACGUGCAACACGAUCCAUCAGAACCAUGUGCGUUAUUAAUUGAGAAUGGCACUUUCGCGUGGGAUUUGGAAAGUAUCGAUAGGCCAACGCUGAAGAAUAUCAAUCUCCAAGUGGAACAAGGCCAGUUGAUAGCUGUCGUUGGGACCGUAGGAUCAGGGAAAAGUUCCCUUGUAUCGGCGCUUCUCGGAGAGAUGGACAAAAUAAGUGGCAGAGUCAAUACGAGAGGUUCCAUCGCAUAUGUCUCUCAACAAGCAUGGAUUCAAAAUGCGUCGCUGCAAGAUAAUAUAUUGUUCGGAAAAACAUUGAACAAAAAUGUAUACAACCGCGUGGUCGAGUCGUGCGCGUUAAAUCCAGACUUGAAAAUCCUACCCGCGGGCGAUCAAACUGAGAUCGGUGAAAAGGGUAUAAAUUUAUCCGGCGGACAGAAACAGAGAGUAGCAUUGGCAAGAGCAGUGUACAGUGACUCUGAUAUCUAUUUUCUGGAUGACCCGUUGAGUGCAGUCGAUUCGCAUGUCGGAAAACAUAUAUUCGAAAAUGUAAUUGGCUCUAGUGGUCUGCUUAAGAAAAAAACGAGACUAUUAGUCACCCAUGGUAUUACUUAUUUACCAGAAGUUGAUAACAUCAUUGUUCUUAAAGAUGGCGAAAUAACAGAAGUUGGAACUUACAAGCAACUUCUAGAGAAAAGGGGAGCCUUUUCUGAAUUUUUAGUUCAACAUCUUCAAGAAGUUGGAAAUCCUGUACACGAUCAAGAGGAAGCGGAAGCAGACUUGCAAGAAAUUAAACAACAAUUAGAAUCUACGAUAGGGCCUGCUGAAUUACAACAGAAAUUGGCAAGAGGUAAAUCGAGAACGUCUGAGAGCCAAAGUGAAUCCGGUUCUAUAGCCGAUAGAAGAUCCGUGAAUGGUUCAUUAAAACGGCAGUAUUCUACGGAUAGCCAACAACUUAAUUAUAAAAGUAUGAAAGAAUUGUCGUUGACGCAACCUAAGGCAGGCGAGAAAUUGAUAGAAGUGGAGAAAACCGAAAUCGGCAGUGUGAAAUGGCGUGUCUAUUCUUAUUACUUCAAAUCGAUCGGAUGGUUUUUAUCAGUAAUGACCAUCGUAAUGAACGCCAUGUUUCAAGGAUUCAGCAUUGGUUCAAAUUCUUGGCUGAGUGUAUGGUCGAACGAUAACUUGACCGACGCCAACAAUACGUUCGAUAAAUCCAGGCAAGAUAUGUAUCUGGGCGUCUAUGGUGGGCUCGGACUUGUACAAGGCCUGACAGUACUUGGAGGUGGGUUAUUCUUGGCAAAGGGAACGAUACGCUCUUCCGCGCAACUCUUCGAGAAUACGUUGCAACGUGUUCUCCGGAAUCCGAUGUCGUUCUUUGACAAAACACCCACCGGUCGAAUUCUUAGCCGACUCUCUAAAGACACCGAUGUCAUUGAUAAUGCGCUACCAUUAAUACUGCGUUCUUGGAUUACUUGCCUUUUGGGGGUGCUUGCUACCCUAGUGGUAAUAAGUUUUAGUACUCCACUGUUUAUUGCGGUAAUAUUACCGAUAGGUAUAAUCUAUUACCUCGUUCAACGUAUGUACGUUGCAUCGUCAAGACAGUUGAAACGUUUAGAGUCCGUUUCAAGAUCCCCCAUUUAUUCGCACUUCAGUGAAACUGUUUCUGGAGCACAAAUGAUUAGGGCGUUUAAGGUGCAAGAACGAUUCAUCAAAGAAUCGGAGAGUAAAGUAGAUUUUAAUCAAGUAUGCUACUAUCCAAGUAUAAUUGCAAACAGGUGGUUAGCAGUGCGUUUAGAGAUGGUUGGAAAUUUAAUUAUCUUCUUUUCUGCACUGUUCGCUGUAUUAAAUAGAGAUACGAUAGAAUCUGGUAUAGUCGGUCUAUCCGUCAGUUAUGCGUUACAAGUCACUCAAACGUUAAAUUGGCUGGUACGUAUGACCUCCGACGUUGAAACCAAUAUCGUUGCAGUGGAAAGAAUAAAAGAGUACGGGGAAACUCCUCAAGAGGCAGCAUGGAAAAAUCCGGAUUUCGGACCACCGAAAGAAUGGCCUGUUGAAGGGAAAGUCGAGUUCAAGGAUUACAAAGUCCGUUACAGGGAAGGCUUGGAGCUUGUACUGCGGGGAGUAUCAUUUGCCGUCGAAGGUGGAACGAAAGUCGGCAUCGUCGGUAGAACCGGUGCCGGGAAAUCGUCUUUGACGUUAGGCCUGUUUAGAAUAAUAGAAGCAGCUGACGGAAAGAUAUUCAUCGACGGUAUUGAUAUUUCGAAAUUGGGACUUCACGAUCUUAGGUCCAGAUUAACUAUCAUUCCUCAAGAUCCAGUAUUGUUCUCUGGAACUUUGAGAAUGAAUUUAGAUCCUUUUCAAAAUCAUACUGACGACGAAAUUUGGAGAGCUUUGGAACACGCGCAUCUUAAAACUUUCGUAAAGGGGUUACCGGCUGCCCUCUUACACGAAGUGUCCGAAGGAGGAGAGAAUUUGAGUAUCGGUCAACGGCAGUUGAUAUGUUUAGCAAGAGCGUUGCUACGAAAAACUAAAGUAUUAAUACUCGACGAGGCGACAGCCUCGGUUGAUUUAGAAACAGACGAUUUAAUCCAGACGACGAUCAGGCAAGAAUUCGGGGAUUGCACAGUACUUACAAUAGCUCAUAGGCUCAAUACGAUUCUUGAUUCGGACAGGGUCAUUGUCCUGGAUAAUGGGCGUAUCAUGGAAUACGAUUCUCCUGAUAAAUUACUACGCGACACGUCUAGUUUGUUUAACAGUAUAGCUAAAGAUGCAGGCCUUGCACCCUAAAAACGUGUGAUACUACGAAUAUCACGACGAACACACUGUACAAGCAAUAAAAGAAACGAUGAUCAUUUUUAAAUCACGAUAAAAUAA